AUGCUUAGUUUAACAUCAGAAAAAGUGAAUCCAACUCAGGUUGGUGAUCGUGGUUUGAAAAUACAACUCCCCAAUGAUUUCGAUUUGUUACAUCUUGAUGCAGUCGGUGCACAUGACAAUCAGGAGGCGAGAGCACUGGUUCUGGACCGUGUAACCUCUCUACUGAUUAUGCGGAGACUUUUGACAUUUAACAGUCAUUUACUUCAUUUUUGGCAAUCCGAAAAUAACAAACCAAAGAAAAGUUCUGAAUCUUACAUUCGUUAUGCUGUUUAA